CAUGAUCGUCAUUGAAUGCAUUAAAAAAAUGCUCACCCGCAAUGCGUACAUCUAGAUAUAUGACAUUAACUACAUAGGAUAAUAUUCAGAAGUCAUACAACGUUUGAUUAUUAAAGAGAAAGACUGUAUAAAAAAAUACCCCGCAAAAAUGGCUGCGGUGAGCCAAGAUCUAUCUGUCGCCUGGAAUAAUUUCUCUCGUAUACCUAUGGACAUUGCUGGCUUCGAUGGAAGUCGUUCAGCUCUCCAACCUCUUUGGGACGGACUCCGGAGCUUCUUUGGUGACGAGGUCCUCUGCUCGCCGGCGUUCCCCGUCGGAAUGGCCAUCAGUUACUACUUCAUUCUCUGCCUCAUCUACAUGUUCUUGGACCUGUAUGGCGUCAAACAUUGGGCAUGGCUUCGCAAGUACAAGCUCCACCAGGACAUCAAUGUGACCGCACCGCAGCUCUACACCACCUUGGUGCUCACCAUGUGGAACCAUGCCCUCUAUAUCGUCCCUGCUGGAGUGCUCCAGUACAUGUACUCACCGCCCUUCCCUCUGGAUGACGACGCGCCGCUCCUGAUGCAGUUCCUCUGGGACCAGACAAUCAGUCUCUUCCUAUUCGAUCUCUCCUAUGGCGUCCUCCACUACUGGUUCCACACCAAUAGGUGGGUAUACCGGGCAAUUCAUUCAGUCCACCAUCAGUACCAUUCCCCGUUCUGCUGGGUAACCCAGUACCUCCACCCAGCCGAGCUCAUCUUCGUCGGCGCCACCACGGCCAUCAUCCCCAAGAUGCUCGGCGUCCACACCCUCAGUUACUUCGGCUUCCAGCUCUUCAACAUCUGGAUAAGCGUCGAGGCGCACUGCGGCUACGAGUUCCCCUUCUCUCUCUCACUCAUCAUCCCUUUCGACAUCGUCGCCGGACCUCGCAAGCACGAUCUCCACCACAUGAAGCCGAUGUCGAAUUACAUGCCACAUCUGACGUGGCUGGAUAAGCUGAUGGGCUGGGAGUUCAAUGGAUACGAUACGAAGAAACAGAAGAUUGCAACGAAAUGAUGUCUCUAUUCAGUAAUUAUAUAGGUCGGUGUAAAUUCACGCGUACAUGUUUAUUCCUUUUCCACAAUGUAUAUUCAUAUUUUUAUUUUGUUGAAAAACGUGAUAUUGUUUUUAAUAUACGAAUGAUAAGUUGUUUUGGGGGGAAUUGUGUAUUUUUUUUAUUCCUUUACCGCAAAGUAUUAUUCAUAUGUUCAGUUUGUUAAAAAAUGUUACUGUUCUUCAUUCGCGAGCUCUAUUUCCGAUUUAAAGUUGCGGCUUUUAUAUUUGUUUUUUUUUUCCAUUUGUGAAUGACUAAUAACAUACACUAUAUAGCAAGUUUGGAAAAUCAAUUAAUUUUAAUUUCUUUUGAUAUUAAUUUCUAGAAUUCUUGCGAUACCUUCUUUACUUGCUUACAAAAUUUAUUUUAUAGAAUUAUAACCUGCCGUGAGAAUGAAAUUCGACCAAUGAUCUUUCAUAGUAAAUGAAAGUGAUGUGAGUUUCAAUCAGUCAUAUUGUAACUUUAAAUCAUGUCUAUAUUAAUUUAUAUGGAAAAACUGCAUUUCCAGUAAGAAAUAUUUCUAUUGAUUCUAAUGAUAUUCAUAUUAUUACUAGAAUUCUUGCGAUAGCUUAUUUCCUUGCUUGUAAAGUUGAUUCUGAUGAUGAAAAUGAAAUUCGACCAAUGAUCUUUCACAGUAAAUGAAAGUGAUGUGAGUUUCAAUCAGUCAUAUUGUAAGUUCAAAUCAUGUCUAGAUCUAUGAAAAUAUUAAAAGUAAUUGCAUGUAUAUACUGAACUGCAAAAACGCCGGUGUUAAUUUAUCACCAACCCCGAAUCUAUCUCGGAAAACAUCAGAAAAGUGUUGAAACAACAUCAGUUUAGAAUAAAACCGACAUUGGGUGAUUUCAAGUUCAGUGUUGACCUUUUGGUGUUGGUGUUGGGUCAAUUUUUACACGAUUAUAACACCAAACAUAAAAUGAGGAUGGUCCCAAAAAGUCACUCCCUCGUUGUUGAGAUGUCAAUAAUGUGAUCUAAAUCAGUUUUACAAACUCUGAAUAAGUUUUGGAGCUAGGGGAAGCAAUCAAAAUUUCAACACUAACACCAACACCAAGGCCAACACCGAACUUGAAAUCACCCAUUGGCUUCACACUAAAUGGUGUUGCUUCAAUGCCUAUCUGGUGUUAGCCUAACGCUAAUCCGGUGUUGUUUCAACACCUCUCUGGUGUGGACCGAUAUAGAUACCAGGCUGGUGUUAAAUUAACACCGAUUAUUUAUUUUAGUGUAUAAAGUUGAUUCUAUAGAAUUAUAACCUGGUGAGAAUGAAAUUCGACCAAUGAUCUUUCACAGUGAAUGAAAGUGAUGUGAGUUUCAAUCAGUCAUAUUGUAACUUAAAUUUGUCUAAAUAAAUUCAUAUUAAAGUAUCAAAAGAAAUUGCAUGCAUUAUUGUAGACUUGUAUACUAGUUACAUGUACGAUGUGUAGAUAAAAUGCCAUUCUUAAAUUUGGGAAGCAGUAAAAUUAGGAAACCAGCUACAAUCAAACAAUUAAACGUUCUUGGAUCUUUCUGAUGAAAUUCACAAUGUCAUAUAUAUAUCGAGUAUAUUUUAAAUCUCGAUAAAGUGUCUCCAGAACGCAUCUUCGUGUAUCUGGUUUUUACGAAAUAUCUUCUCAAACCUUCCAGUUAGAUAUUGUUUUCAAUAUGCAAUUAUAUUUCGGAUAUGCAAUGUAUAAUAAUGUUGACGGGUUCAUGAGGAUUUUGAAUACUUGAAAGGAUAAUGCAAGAAUAUGACUUUAUCUACAUGUAUUAUGCAUUACGUAUAUGUAAAGGAUGCUGUUUUAAGUGUCGAAAAAAACACGGUUUUCUGGUAUUAUAAGUAUGUUGUGAACUUUAUUUCUGAAUUAAAAAAAGUUAUUUUCUAUCUAAAUCAGUAAUUCUUUUCAUUGGCCCAUAUCGUGAAUUCUGGUUUAACUCGGGUCACAAAGCCUGAGCUAAUACGAUGGUUAUCAGAAGAUGAACAAUCUUGGUUUACCUCGAACUUGAAUUUUUUCUGCAUGGUGUGAGAUUUUCUCUGUCUCGUUUUUGUCCUCGUCGUAAACAAAAAUAUGUCUUCAGAUCAUUCCCGGACAAUUCUGUCAUUUCAAGUACUUGAGUGCUUUUAAAUUACAAAUUUAUACAUCUUACGUCAAUAAUGGCACUAGUGUACAGAUGAGUGGGCUCUUGUGCCCCCCCCUAAAUUUUUCACGACCAAGAUUAAAAAAAAGAGGAAUGAAAGGGAAAGAAAAGGAAAGAGAGAA